CAGUCUUACAAUUAAUAAAUAAUUUGCAUUUACCGACUGUAUAAUUUUUUCAUAAAUAGAAAAUGUCUGAUUAUAGAGUAUUACUAUCAGAGAACUCGCAUAUUUAAAUUAAAAGAAUUAUUGUCGUGCAAUUAAGAACAAAGUAUAUAAGUAGGUCAUUGUUGCUCGUAAAUUUACGAUUGAAACGUCCCUGAUGGUGGGAGUGGCGAGACACACCCUGGUUAUUAGAUUGCGCGAUUUCGUAUCGAACAUCAGGGAUGUGGAAACUCAGUUCUCGCUGUUCGUCCGCAAACGAAACAGUCUUUUUUUUUAAUACGGUUUAAACAGUUCUUCCAUUUCUAUUCAAAUUAAUUUUCUUGGUCUAUUUUUUCUACGAAAAAAUUAAGGAAUUAUCUUUUAAAUGAUAGUUAAUAUUAUUCUAAAAUCCAGCAUUUAUAGCAACAUAUAAAAGGAGGAAUUAAUAAAAGAACGAUGGGAAAUAAAGUGGCGACGUUCACCGAGGAACAACUUGAAGACUAUCAGGAUUGCACCUUUUUUACACGCAAAGAAAUCUUGAGAAUAUUUAAAAGAUUUCGAGAAACAGGAGAUCCUGGAAUGAUACCUCAUACCAUGACGCCGCAAGAGGCAUCGUCUCUUCGUUUGCCCCUGUCGUGUCUAGCUCGUAUUCCCGAAUUAAAGGAGAAUCCAUUUAGAGAACGGAUCUCGGAAGUUUUUACGCAACGUCAGGACUCAGGACAAUCAACGUCCCUCUCCGAAGGAAUCUGUUUCGAGGAAUUUCUCGAGAUGUUGUCCGUGUUCUCUGAACAAGCACCGCGGGAUUUGAAAGUCUUUUACGCCUUCAAAAUUUACGAUUUCGACGAGGACGGGGUGCUGGGUCUGGGCGAUUUGGAGCGCACCUGUCGGCAGCUGACUCGAGGUGGGCUAAGUGCCGAAGAGGUGGCUACCGUGUGUCGAAAAGUUCUGGAGGAGAGCGACAUAGACGGCGACGGGGCUCUGUCCUAUCUCGAGUUUGAGCACGUUGUCGCCAGAUCCUCCGAUUUCAUGGCGACAUUCCACAUAAGAAUGUGAAUUGCACAUUCAUCACAAGUUACGCACAAUGAUACGUAUGUAAUGUAACAUUAAACGUAUAUACACGUUUAAUUGCCAACAACCGAAUCUUAUUAAUAAGGUAGGAUUAAUCCUCUAAAUUAUAUUUGUCAACUUGAUCAAGAGGUGUAGAAGAAAGUACAGAAGAGAGACCAAAUAAAUCCAUAUUUCCCUGUGGACUAAUUAUAUAAGCGGAGAAGCCUCUAUAUCGCAGCUU